GUAGGAAUAGGAUUGUGAGAUGGGUGUGAUAGCCGUCUAAGAAAGACCACACCACCCACGAAAACGAACAAAAACAGACAGAAGGCUUUUUUCCGAUGAUGUUCAUGUAAAGAGUCUCCUCUUCCUCUUUGUUUCAUCCAACCCUAAAAUGAAGAGCCCUAAAAUUCAUCCAACCUUUUCUGUCCCUCUAAACGCUGAAACUUUGAAGUAUCUGGGAGUCUGAGGCGUAUUCCAAGUGUGAUUUCCCUAGAUCUGAUUUGUCUUUGAGGUUAAGAUGUUUAGGUGUUGCUUUUCAAAUCAUUAUUGGGGGACAUUUUGUCCAAUUGAUGGAUGACGACCAUUCCAAUGGAUAGUAAUUCAGAUCAUUCGUCCCGGGAGCGAGUUCAGCGCCUCUACAACAAGAAUGCUGAGUUGGAGAUUAAACGGAGAAAAGCAGCACAAGCUAAAGUUCCUUCUGAUCCAAGUGCAUGGCAACAAAUGCGAGAAAACUAUGAAACUAUCAUACUUGAGGAUCAUGCUUUCUCAGAACAACAUGAAAUAGAGUAUGCCUUGUGGCAGUUGCAUUACAGGAGAAUUGAGGAAUUGCGGGCACACUUCAAUGCUGCUGUAAAUUCAAGUGGGUCAACCAAUGGGAAGGUUCCCCCUAUGAGUGGACCAGAUCGCAUCACAAAGAUCCGAACACAGUUUAAAACUUUUCUUUCAGAAGCAACAGGCUUUUAUCAUGAUUUGAUGCUAAAAGUCAGGUCUAAGUAUGGUCUGCCACUGGGAUAUUCCUCUGAUGAUCCAGAGAAUCAGAUUCCUUCCUCAAAAGAUGGUAACAAGUCCGUGGAGGUGAAAAAAGGAUUGAUAUCUUGCCAUCGUUGUUUGAUUUAUCUUGGUGAUCUUGCUCGGUACAAAGGCUUAUAUGGUGAGGGUGAUUCUAAAGCUCGUGAUUUUGCUGCUGCUUCAAGCUAUUACCUGCAAGCGGCUUCACUUUGGCCUUCAAGUGGCAAUCCUCACCAUCAGCUCGCAAUACUGGCUUCCUAUUCCAAUGAUGAGCUGGUGGCUAUUUAUCGCUAUUUUCGCAGUCUUGCACUAGAAAGCCCUUUUGCCACCGCUAGGGAUAACUUGAUCAUUGCAUUUGAAAAGAACCGUCAGUUUUACACCCAGCUGCUGGGGGAUACUAAAACUUCCUCCACCAAGCCAUUACCUCCUCGCACAACUGUAAAAGGAAGAGGCAAAGGAGAAACAAGGCAACCGAUGAAAGACGAUAAGGUUGAAGCAAUCUCAGUCCAGGAAAAAGCUUCUAGUAUGUCCGACAUCUUCAAAACCUUCAGCACGAGAUUUGUUCGAUUGAAUGGCAUUCUUUUCACUCGCACUAGCUUGGAGACUUUUGGAGAAGUGCAGUCGGUGGUUAAGAAUGAUCUGCUUGAGCUUCUCUCUUCUGGGCCUGAUGAGAAGAAUAAUUUUGGUUCUGACGCUGCCGACUGUAGACUGGUUAUUGUGAGGCUCGUGGCUAUCCUAAUAUUCACUGUUCAUAAUGUCAAUAAGGAAAGUGAAAAUCAGUCAUAUGCUGAGAUUUUACAAAGAUCUGUACUUCUACAGAAUUCAUUCACUGCUGUUUUUGAGUUCAUGGGUCAUGUAGUUGAGAGAUGUGUCCAACUAAAUGAUCCCACAACGAGCUUCCUUUUGCCUGGUGUUUUGGUGUUUGUGGAGUGGUUGGCGUGCCAUCACGAUGUUGCACUUGGCAAUGAACCAGAAGAGAAACAAACGACAGCUAGAUCAUUUUUCUGGAAGAACUGCAUUGCUUUCUUUAAUAAGCUACUGUCUAGCGGGUUCCAGUUUGUUGAUGACGACAAGGAUGAAACAUGCUUUUUCAACAUGAGCAGGUAUGAUGAAGGAGAGAGUGGUAAUCGUCUGGCAUUGCCUGAGGAUUUCGAACUGAGAGGAUUUCUACCUCUUCUUCCGGCACAACUUAUCAUUGAUUUUUCAAGGAAACAUUCUUUUGGUGGUGGUGGUGGUGGCAUCAAAGAGAAGAAAUCACGUCUGCAGAGGAUAAUAGCAGCAGGAAAGGCUCUUGUUAGUGUGGUCCGUGUUGGAGAAGAGGGAAUAUAUUUUGACAGUAAGGCAAAGAAAUUCAUCAUUGGCAUUGAGCCCCAAGUAUCUGAUGAUUAUGCACUUAAUUGCACCAUGGAAGUACCCAAACUAAGCGGUAUUGAGCUGGAGAAUCCAGCUGCAGGGCAGCUUACUGUAGAAGCUCUGCAGCCAAAGCAAGAAUUGUAUGUAGAGUGUGAGGAAGAAGAUGAAGUAAUUGUCUUUAAGCCAUCUGUGGCAGAAAAGCAUGUGAAUGGAAGCGCGUCAAACAUGAUGAACUCGGAAGUUCCUGUUUCUUGUGUUGGUGCUGCUGCCAAGGUUCCUCCUGGCAUUAACAUAACCUCUGCUGUUCUAGGAAAUGAGAUGGGCCCAUUUUCAGCUGCACUUGAUGGAUUGAUCAUGCCAAGUGCAUUACAUGCAAGUGUAAGGCCACCCCCAAGUAUUGCCAACAACAGUGGCCAAUAUAUGCAGCCUAUGCAACCAAGUACUUUAAUGUGGUCUGUUGAACAGGGAGCUGUUAUGAAUGGAUUGGCCAGCUUGAACUUGAUAGGAAAUGGUCCGACUUUAAAAUCUGAGUUGCAAGGUCAUUCAGGAGUAUUUCCACCUGCACCAUAUUCUAUCCCUUUUCCACAGUCUCACAAUUUUAGCAUAGCAAAUAAUUUCCCCCUGCAGUUUCCAGAUGCUGCUAUACCAUAUGACUUCAGUUCACUUUCAUCCUCAGUAGCUGAUAUUGACAGCAUGUCGAUUAAGUCUCCAUCAGUCAUGUCAACAGGCAUAAAGAAAAAUCCAGUUAGCAGACCUCUUCGGCAUCUGGGUCCACCUCCAGGCUUUGGUUCUGUUCCUUCCAAAGCACUGGACGAGUCUUCAUCAGCCAUGACUGUAAAGAAUGAACAUACUCUUCUUCCUCCUAUGGAUGACUAUAGCUGGCUGGAUGGAUAUCAGUUGUCUUCAUCACAUCGGAGCAUUGGUUUCAAUAACUCCAUUAACCAUUCAACACAAUCCGUGAGCAAGAGCAGUAGCUCAGUUGGGAUGGUAAACUUUCCUUUCCCUGGGAAACAGGUUAAUUCUCUGCAUGUACAAGCAGGGAACCAGAAAGGUCGGGAAGACUACCAGAUAUCUGAACAAUUAAAACGCUACCAGGAGCAACCUCAGCAACUCAGGAGCGUAAAUCAACAGUCUGUUGCACUGCCUCAGCAGCAUCAAGGACAGUCUCAGUGGGAAUGCCGUUUCUUUGUGUGAUAUGGAUACGAGAGAUUAGAUGUUUUUCCAGGUUAAAAAUUACUGUGGCGAUGUCCAGCGGCCUGUUGCUAUGACGUUCAACCAUCAUAUUUGCAGUAUGCCCAAGGUUAUUAAGUUUUUCUUGCAGCAUGGAUGGUCUUGGAGCAUUGCACGCACUUGCUGUCGAGCAGCUUCUGCCUAGCUCUCCAGACUGGUUGAGUCAGACUGAGGUCAGUAGGUGAAUCGAUUGGGAGUUUUGGGAGUACGAACCUUGCGCGGUCAGAUGGUUGGUAUAUCAGAUUUUGGUUGAUUGCUGGUUGGAGUCAAUGAAUGAAAAGCUAGUCAACCUAUCUGAUAGGAGAUCUCUCUUACAAAGUUCUGCUACAUGCCAUGAUGAGCAGUUCCCAACUUUUAAAUGUCUUAAGUAGAUACCUUUGCAGUUAAACAUGUCCGCCUGGAAGUUGUGCAAUGAAGAAGGAUUAGUUAUCAGGGGAGUAAUUAUGGAUGUUUGAUGGAAAUAAGUAUGCGAAUAUGUACGCAUAUGGUUAUCUCACUUUCUCUGGUUUGUCGCAUUGUCAUCUAGUGGCAAUAUCCUGUCAUGUUUGUUAUUUGGAUUUGUGCUGCUUGUGAUCCAGUUGCAGACUGUUACUGGAUAAUUAGUGUCUGGUCACCUGUAUCUUGGCACGUCAUUUUCCCAAGCAGGUAAUGCCCAAAACAAUUUGUUUUGAUGGACA